AUGGAAACGGCUCUCAGGUCAUGGGAGCUCGAUAACAACAUUAAACUCAUCGAUACGAAGCGAGAUGCUCUGUACCAGUACGAUGCAGAAGCACAAAAGGCUGCGCAAAACGCCCGGCCGUGGAUGGCUGACCCUAACUACUUCAAGCAUGUCCGCAUAAGUGCUGUUGCACUCAUCAAGAUGACGAUGCAUGCCCGCUCUGGCGGCAAUCUCGAAAUCAUGGGCCUGAUGCAAGGCUACACCGAAGGCGACACCUUUGUUGUCACCGACGCAUUCCGACUCCCCGUCGAGGGUACUGAGACCCGUGUCAAUGCCCAGGGCGAAGCGAACGAAUAUAUUGUCGAGUAUCUGGAUCUUUGCCGUGCGCAGGGCCGCCAAGAAAAUGUUGUCGGAUGGUACCACAGCCAUCCUGGGUACGGCUGCUGGCUGAGUGGUAUCGAUGUCGAGACCGAGGCUAUGCAGCAGCAAUUCCAGGACCCGUUCCUGGCCGUUGUCGUGGACCCUGAUCGCACAAUCAGUGCUGGCAAGGUCGACAUUGGAGCAUUCCGUACAUACCCAGCGACAUACAAAGCCGAUGCAGCCGGUGCGGAUGGGUUUCAGGCCGUGCCACUUGACAAGGCAGCCGAAUUUGGCGCGCACUCGGGUCGAUAUUACAGUCUUGAAGUGUCACACUUUAAAAGUUCACUCGACACACAUCUACUUGAGCUAUUAUGGCACAAGUACUGGGUACAGACGCUAAGUCAGAACCCUCUACUUACGAAUCGUGACUUUGCAAACAAGCAGAUGCUUGACCUCGCAUCCAGAAUUAAGGAGGCUACGACGGCGAUUAGGCGUGGACGCGGAUCGCAGAUGCUGGUAAUGGGUGGUGGUGGUGGUGGAAGCAAGGCUGGGGACAAGGCGAUGCAGAAGCUGUCGAGCGAGGCAAGCAUGAUUGCAGCAAAGGAAAAAGCUGGAUUUCUGGCUACUGGCGUCAAGGCUUCUCUUUUCAACGACUUGGGGGAUCAAAACAGUACAUGA